CAUGGCGAGGACUGAUGCAUGUGCGUAUUUCAAGAAUCCAAGUCUAUUUUGGAUUUCAGUAAUCUUUUUCUCCAUGGGAUAUUACACGUGCACAGUGUUUUGGCCAGAGCAGAUACCCUUUGACAUGCUGGGUCCCCUGGGAUCACUGUCCAAAUACCUGCUUGAAAAUCACUACCCUCUCCUGUACACUGGCUGGUGGAUGGCCUGGCUCGUGCAUGUGGCUGAAGCCCUCUACAGCCUGAAGGUCUGCAGUGAUAAAGGAGUGGACAGUCUGACGACUCGAGCCCUGUGGUUCCUGCAGACCUUCCUGUUUGGCUUUGCCUCUUUGAUCCUGCUGCUAAAAUACAAGCCCGAUCCCCGCCCCAAACGGCAGUGAGACCAGUGGAAUCCUAUGGGUCCAAACACUGACCAAUCAGUACCAAGAUCAGUGAGGCCACUCUGAAAGCUUGACCAAUCGGUACCGAGACCAACAAGACCACCCUGAUUCAUCAACCAAUCGGUUCCAAGAUAACUGAGCCAAGUA